AUGGGCGAGACGAGGCUGACAGGAUUUCAGAUUACCGCCGAAGAACUUCGGGGAUCACCACUGGCGCCAAAUUUAUUGCCACUGUUGAUGAAUUUCCGCUUGUUUGGGAUUCCAUUGGAGUUUGUUAACCUCCUCAUAGCUCUUGUUGCGUACGCCUGUACAUAUCCAGCGGUUUUCUGGCGUGUCUCAAAAGCUUUCAGCUUGAUCUUCUCUUUCCAUAUGGUCAUUCAUUGCGCUGCGGUGAUCUGGGGAUACCUGGGAUUCAGCAUUCUGUUUAGAAUCCAGGAGACUAACUAUAACAGCCUACGUCCUGUCGGACUU